UGGAGGGGGUGGGACUCGAGAUAGGGCCCUACUUGUUGAUGCUCUCAAGAACGCCAUCAAGGACAAGAAGUUUUUUCUUGUGCUCGAUGAUAUGUGGGGUGCUGAUGCAUGGAACAAACUGCUCAUGACUCCGUUUGGCUAUGGUGGCCCGGGCAGCCGAGUCCUCAUCACCACAAGAAGUGAAACUGUGGCGAGAAACAUGAAAGCUGCACACUGCCACCACGUUGACAAGUUAGGGCGCGAAGAUGCAUGGUCAUUGCUCAAGAAUCAGGUACUCACUACAGAGGAGAAUGGUCAUGAGGUUGAUGUGCUAAAGGAAAUUGGGUUGCAAAUUGUAGAAAAAUGUGACGGUUUACCACUCGCUAUAAAAGUAAUGGGGGGACUUCUAUGCAGCAAGGAGAAAUCACGGUUUGCAUGGGAAGAUGUCCUGAAUGAUGACAUAUGGUCAGUAUCUCCAAUGUCAGAUGAACUAAACUAUGCAAUUUAUCUUAGCUACAAGGACUUGCCCUCUUGCUUAAAACAAUGCUUCCUGCACUUCUCCCUUAAACCCAAAAAGUCUGUGCUAAGUGUUCGUGACAUUGUGUCCAUGUGGAUUUGUGAAGGAUUGCUUCAAGGAGGCUCAACUAGUUUGGAAGAAGGGAAAAGGAACUAUAAAGAGCUAAUAUUAAGGAACCUUACAGAGAUAGAUCCAUCAUUUCCUAGCCAACUUAUCUGCAACAUGCAUGAUGUCAUCCGCUCAUUUGCUCAAUUUAUGGCUAGGGAUGAAACACUAGUAGUUCACAAUGGAGAUACUACUAAAGAAAACCUUAAAUCAUCCAAUUUUCUUAGACUGUCUAUAGAAACCAAAGGUGUGGGAUCAGAUGAAUUUGAGUGGAUAUAUUUAAGAGAGCAGAAAUUGCUUAGGUCACUAAUAUUAACUGGAAACCUCAAAAGUCAGCCUGGGGAUUCGUCGACUAUCUUCCCAAGUCUACACCUUUUGCAUAUAGAUUCUGCAAAUAUUGCUGCACUAGUUGAAUCUAUGUACCAACUCAAGCAUUUGAGAUAUUUGGCAUUAAAGAGGACUGAUAUGUGUAGACUACCAGAGAACAUCCAUGAGAUGAAAUUCCUACAGCAUAUUAGCCUUGAUGGUUGUGAAAGUUUUAUGAAACUUCCAGAUAGCAUUAUCAAGCUGCAAGGGUUGAGGUUCCUUGAUAUGGAUGACACACGUGUAAGUAGUAUUCCUAGGGGUUUCAGAGCUCUUACAAAUUUGAGUGCACUCUUUGGGUUUCCAGCCUAUAUUGAUGGUGACUGGUGUAGUUUGGAAGAGUUGGGGUCUCUUUCCCAGCUCAAUUAUCUUUCACUAGAGAGCCUAGAAAAUGUAUCUAGUGCCUUGUUGGCUGCAAAGGCCAGGGUAAAUGCAAAGAAAAAUCUUACCAUACUUGGUUUAAAAUGUGGCGGUAGAGAGGGAGAUGGGUUGGUCCAAGGAGGAGUGUCUGAGUCUAAGGAGGAGGAGCAAAUAAUAGAGGCGGUGUUUGAUGUGCUAUGUCCUCAGCCUUGCAUAGAACACAUCAAAAUAAAAAGAUAUUUUGGUGGUCGGCUCCCAGGAUGGAUGGCAUCCACAGCUAUGGUGCCCCUCGAGAGCUUGAAGAUUCUAGUCCUAGAACAACUGCCCUGCUGCACCCAACUCCCAGAUGGCUUGUGUAGGCUCCCGUAUUUGGAGUGGAUAAAAGUGGACGGGGCUCCAGUAAUCAAGUGUGUCGGUCCUGAAUUCGUUCAGCAGUACAAUCAGCGGCACCGUCCUUCAUCUCAGUUGGCUGCUACGUUUCCCAAACUCCAGAAGUUGGAUUUUCACGGAAUGGAGGAAUAUUGAUGAGGAGUGGAUUUGGGAGACGGAAGUGAAAGCUAUGCCCUUAUUUUCUUAUCAGUUCUUGCAACUGGGUCGUAUACCUCCAGGACUUAUGUUCCAUGCAAUGGCAUUGAAGAAGCUAGCAAUAUGGAGUGUCCAAUGUCUCAACUCCCUAGAGAACUUUGCUUCUGUAGUUGAGCUCGAGUUGGCUAACAUAACCGAAUUGGCCAUGAUCUCCAAUCUUCCAAAAUUACAAAAACUUGAAAUCAGUUACUGCAGAAAGCUCAAGACACUGAAGGACAUGGAUGCCGUCG